GUGAAACGUGUCAUUGAGUUGACAUUCUCCGAUCUGGUGCGUAAACAGGAUCGUCUGAGACCGUUGAUUGUCCUCUCCUGUUCAUCUGCUGUCGGUCGUCGUGCAGUGUGGACCGAAAUUAAAACCCGAAUCGAAACUCUUGCUGAUGACCUCGGUGUUGUUUAUCUAAUGGGACGUGUGAUCAGUGUAAGAGCCUUUCAGAAUGUUGCUGCGAAGGAUUCUGCACGAAAGAGGACUAUGAAGAGAUCGAUGUAA